AANAUAUACACGAAACUUCAACUUCAACACAACGGACACAACACUCAAACCACCCAUGCCUUGUAACUGUAACUCUGAUCUCUGAUCACUCUGAUACACAAAGUACACAAAUUCGUCGCGUUCGUCGCUGUCAGGAAAUGAAUUAACAUAGUUAACCGAAAAUGAAUAUAGAUAUCGGUAGUGCAUGCGGUGAAUGCUAUUUUGUUCCUGUGACAGUUGCCAGGGCGUCCUGACGAGUUUGUUUGGGGCCAUUGAUAUAUUGAUAUGGUAUGGUAAAGUUGCCCGCCGUUCCCACGUAAUACAAAGACGUUUUAAUAAAUCAGAGAACUUGUACGAUUUGAGGUCCUCACAGCAGUGGUUAUGAAAUAUUCCAUUUCCUGAGAUACAACGUCGUGUAGUCCGCUGAAAGCCAAAUGGCGUUUGCUGCCUGAUACGUGCUUGACACUGGUUUCUCUCCUGGCUUAUUCUUCGACCCUGAAGAUGGAGGCGACAUAUUCCUUUGAAACAUCGGUUGACCUUCAACGGACUACACGGCCAUAUAUUCCUGAAAAUACAACACUUCAGUCCGAGAACUUGCUCCACAUUUUGGAUUUCCCUAGAAUCACAUCAAAAUCUUCACACUGUCAAUGCCGCCAUCAUGAUAUCAAUUAUAAAUAAUAUGAAAUUCUUGUAAUGCUUUAAUGUGUCACGUUUCCUUACGAGGAUCCGCAAUUAAAAGGGUAAUUAAAGGUCCGUAGGGAGAUGCGGAAACUGCAGAUAACGACACAUAAUAAAACUAUUUACGAAGGAAGGGAAACAAAAACGACGAAACUAUUCAGAAAGAAGGAACAGCGAGAAACUACUAGUUAUUUUUUGUUUGUUUAAUAUUUUCCAUUCAUGUAAUUGUUUCCCUUUUGUUUCAAUUCCCUUUGUUGGCGUGUUGUCGUGGAAACGGGAUGAACUAACAGCUAGAAAUUCAGUGGGAAAGUGGCCAUAGUUCUGAAAAUUGUUUCGGUUUCUUUCAAAUUGUGUUACGUACUUAUUGAUACUUUCCAACAAACUUUUGUAGAAGUCUGUAUCUGAGCGUUAAUAAUGGCAAAUAAAAAGAAAGGAAAAGGAAGCAAACUCUCACGCAUGACUGAGGAAGAACGAGCAAGAUAUUUACAACACAGAGCAGCUAUAGAGGAAGAGGCAAGACGGCGCAAACAGCAACUUAUUGCUACUUUCAUGAAGAAUAAACUGAAACAUGAAGAGGCAUUCACAAGACUUAAUCUUGCUAAAAUCAACCAACACUGGCGGCAGAUCUUACGACAGAUUAAGACCAAAGAGCUUAAGCAAGAUCUGGAGAACCUGUGGGACUUGUUUGGGCAUGUUAUGGAAUCCAAGAAUCAUGUGAUUGAAAAUCUGUUGAAGGAGCUAGACCAAUCAGAGGAACAAUAUGCUAGAAAUUUUCAGUCUCAUGCUGAAACUAUAGAUCAGCUUAUAGUGUUACAUGCAAAACAACUUGAAGAACUUCGAGAGGCUUAUGUACGAGAUAAAAAAUCACUGACCCUUGAAGCUUUAAGGGAAGAACAAAGGAUAUUAUCUGGAGCUAAGUAUAAUGAAGAACAUCUACAAACAAUCAACUUUCAAAUGCAGGAGGAUAUGAAAUCAUGGAUCUCUGUUUGGAAAGAAAAUCAUACACUAAAAUCUGAUGAAGUUCGAAAUAAUAUGCUGAGUGUCACUGAUUGGGUUCAGCAUGACAGCAAAUCAAAGCUGGAAAAUUUAUGGAAAGAAUUUCAGGAUACAUUGCAAGAAUAUAUCAAUUCUACAGAAGACAAGCGUAAUCAAUAUGCCGAACUGAAAGCCCAAGAUGAAUUGUCCUCAGAAACUAUUUCAAAGCAAAGUAAAAUACUCACUUAUUUCUAUGAAUUGAUCACAAGACUCAAGAAGCAGCUUGCAAGUCUAAAGAUGCUGCAGAAACAGAAAAUAGAUGACUUGAAGGCACAACACUCCUACUAUGGCCAGUAUUUCUUCUCAUUGAGGAAUCAGCUUGUAUACAACAAGAAGUUUGAUGAGAAACAGCUCAGCUUCUUGAUAGUCUCCAGUAAUGAAGUCAUAAAGGAACUGGAAUUGCUGUGUGAGAAGGGAGAACGCAUUCUGCAUUUGGCAAGUGUAUGUCGAAGGAUGGAAACAGAACGAGAGAAAGUCCUGCCUUUUGUCACUAGUCCACACACUUCCACUAUUUUAAGCCAAGUAGAGCAAGAUCAUUUGGAAACGGCUUAUAAGGAAGUGCCCAAAGAACCGCUGGCAAAGGAGGUCUUCAAUUACAUGAAACUUGACAAUUUCUGGAGAAGAUACAAUCGAGCUUACUUAGAACGGGCUGCACUGAGUCUUCACAAAGAAACACUCAUUCUUGAGAAUCAGCAACUCACAAGAGCACUGCAACAGUAUUUGGCAACAAUGGCCCAAGGAAAGCACCAUUCACCACUGCUGGGAACUUCGCUGUCAGUAGCAAGACCAGUGUCGACUCAUAUCAUCAGGGAGCACAUCAAUCUGAUGCCAAAUACGGGGGAAGAGAAGGAGAAAUGCAAGAGGCAACCCAAAGUCAGGCCUGUAACAUGCAUUGAGGCCAACACUAGUGUUGCAGUAAGGCAUAUGUUGCGUUGUGGGGCAUUCCAAACUUAGAACAGUAUGACAGAUUUGUCAUGUGCAUACAGAUGGCCAAUUUACACAUAGAGUAGCUGCACAACCAAUCUUGGCAUUAUUUAGAAAAGUAUGUAAACUUUAAUAUUUUCUUUGUAUAUACUCGUAACUGCUGAGGACAUGAUAGUAUUGUAGCAGACACCAUCAUUAUAGGAGUUUCAUAAUUUGCAUUUGUCAGACUAAUGAUGUUAGGAUACGUAGUACAUAUGAGAGAAAUUAAUAGUUAUUUCUAAUCAGAAAACCUAAAGAAAAGAGACUUAUUACAUAUUAAUAUAAUGAAAAUUCAACCAUGGAAACACAUUACAGUUUCCUACUCAUGCUCCCCGAUUUUUUUUUGUGUAUCUGUUAUAAUAUUUUGUGUUCAUUUUUAUUUACUGUGUUUUUCAUUCACGAUUAAUUACUUUUCUCUCAUCUCUCUCUUUUUUUUUAUUUUCCUAAAGAAAUUUGUUCAGACAGUAUACCACUGAUCCAUUUUUCAUAUUGAGCAGGUUUAUUCAAACAAUAAUACAUCUGACUUGAAUUGUAGAAGAACCAAAUUCGAAUCUUCAUCCACUGGCCCACAUCUGUAACAGAUCUGUCAUGCUUUUCUUUUUUCCUUCCAUGCCAGUGCAGUUACUUUUGCAGAAUGAAUAGCAUUGUUAGUGGGACAUGAUAGCUGGAUGGAACAUGAAAUUUAAAAAAAUAUGAAUUUCCAUUAAUGAUUAAUAUGACACAAAAAUAUGCAUAAUUGUGAAAAUAGACUUUUUGGAAAGGUAGAAGCUUUGUUUAUAUUAUGGUGGAUUAAAGUAUUUUUGACAAAAUGAUCAGUUGGACACAAUAUGCAGAAGUUAAGACUCACUGCUUUCAACAAGAACAUCCCUCUCUCUGUCAUACUUGGUUGAUGUACCCAUAUAUGUAACAUACCUCACAGGAACAGAGAUAACAUUUACCAAACAGUAAUUCAGAAAUCUUCUUCUAUCCUACUACAAUCCAGAGUCCUGCCAUAAGAAUAAUUUUACAUAGUACUUUUAUGUGAAAUAUGAAAUAACACCAAAGUGACUGGCCAUUCAUAUUAUUCUUCCAUUUCAUAAGGCAACUGACGAACGACUGUACCUAAAGUUGUGUAAGUAUGAUAGUAGACUAUAACCGGAACCAUCAUGUUUGGCAAUCUGACAUCCAUUCAGCUGGUCAAGAAAACUCCCCAUAUUUUAUAUAUUCUGGAGAUUUAGAACUGUGUUCGCAAGACAGAGAAUUUUGUAUGAAGCAUUUAAAUAUUAUGUUCAAAGUUACAUGGAGAAGACACAAACCUUUAGUGUCAUGUGUAUAAGAUUUGGGGCACUGUAAACCUAUACUUAUCGAAUUUAUUGUAAGACAUAAUAAUCAUAUUAUGUAAUUAUUAAUUUAUAAUUCAACUAGCAUCUCUAUAGAUGUAGAAGCAUUAAAAUAUUGAAGACAAAAUAAACAUUAUCUGGAAGCAUUUGAUUAUUUUAUGUAGUUUCCAAAUCAGAGUAUUGCUACUAUAAGCCUACUCUUAUUGUAUGAUUAAGUUGUAAAAAAUGUUAGCUGCAGAAAUCAUUCAGAUGUGAGUACUAAUAAAAUAGUAAUUAGCUUAUAUCCCACACUCAUUACAUACAACCAAACAUUUUUGAGAAAAACAUGUGAAAAGUAAAAUUAUACCCAUGUCUAAACAUCAUGCCACAAAAGUGUAUGUAGCCAUGUGCAAUAUCAUGGUAUAUAUAUUAAAAUUUGCUGCUAAAAGUUGCACAUUUAAAACACUUCUGAGAGGGCAACAAAUUCUGAGGGGGAGUUCACUGCUGAGCAUGUAAAACAGAACUAUUGCACAUGGUAAGUAGGAUGUAUCUGCAAAAAAUUUUUAAGAAUAACAUUUUAAUAACUUGCAUAACUGUAGUGAUUCUUUCUAUGUGUGCAUUCAAAUACGCUUCAGCACAAAUAUGUUACCUGAAGGCUAGAAAGAGAAAGUUUUAGAAGAUUUCAAUUCUGUGGAAAGUUUCAGUGCCACAUGUUCUGCAUUUAGCUGCACUCAUAUUCAAAAUGCAAUGAAUUUCCCAUAAUAUCAUGUGGAGAUCAGUGAGGACCAGUGUGUAAUGUAGCUUCCUCAUCUACCUAGGUCAUGCUGCAACAAAUGGACGAAUGCUUAUUGGGUGGGGAGGAUUCAGCCUAUUUUAAUGUACUAUCUCAGCAUUUGGCUGGAGGAACUGAAAAUAAAAUAAAAAUAUAUCAGAAUAGCUUAUUCAAGGUGACAAUUUGGAACAGUGGUCAGUAUUAAGCUAAUCUUAUGCAUAUAAAAAUAUUGUAUUGUAGUAUAUGGCUUGGGGGACAACUUUUGGUCACACCCUAUGCAUUCAUGUCUGCUGGGUCCAUUUUAGAUCCCCAUUGCUGCUUUGGAUCCGACUAUUAUAUACUGAAUUGCAAAUACCAUGUAAUUGCCAUGUGGCAAAAGACUACUGAUUUUAAUAUACACUUUUCACAGUAUUAAGAUAAAUGUGUGCCAGUUUUGUUACAUCAUAAUUAUAGUUUUGUUUGCAAAGAAUUUUUAGCCUUUGUCCUAUUUAAAAAUUAGAAAAAGUUUUAUUUUUAGUCAAGUAAUUUAAAGUUAUGUGCUGUGGCUCAAAAUUACUUUGGUCUGUAAUUCAUUCAUACUUAAGUAAAGCCUUGAUGGAAAUGUUUAAAUGAUGUCUGAGCAUUAGCAGUAUUCAGUACUUGCAUCAUGUAUAGUAAACGAUUCUCUGCCUUGCAAACUGUAUUAAGCUUCUUUUAUAAGUUGACAAAUAAAAUAUAUUUCUAUGUC